AUAUUAAGAAAUAUUAUUAAAGGCCUUGAAAAAAUUCAUGAAAUUAAAAUGGUUCAUCGUGAUUUUCAUACGGGAAAUAUACUAAUGUUAUCUGAAUGUGCUUAUAAUACUAUGCAUUUCGUAAAUAAUGUAUGUAUUUCAGAUAUGGGAUUAUGUGGAGAAGUUGGUAAUAUGGAUGAAACAAGAGUUUACGGAGUUAUGCCUUAUAUGGCUCCUGAAAUACUAAGAGGCAAACCAUAUACUCAAGCGGCAGAUAUAUAUAGUUUUGGUAUGAUUAUGUAUUUUGUGGCAACCGGAAGACAACCUUUUAAUGAUUGUGCUCAUGAUCAAUAUUUAGCAUUAAAUAUAUGUGAUGGGAUAAGACCUGAGAUAAAUGAGCAAGGUGUACCAAAAUUUUAUAUUGAUCUAAUGAAAAAGUGUUGGGAUUCAAAUCCAGAAAAUAGACCAACUGCUAGUGAAAUAGAUAAAUUGAUUGACGUCUAUAAUCCAGAAAAAGGCAAGGAAAUUACAGAGCAAAAUGAUGAAGCGGAUGAAUAUAGAAAAGCGAAUCUUUUAUCUAUUGAAAAUAGUAGACUAACUACUAGUACUCAUCCGCGAGCUUAUUAUACUUCCCGAUUACUUAACCCAUUUACAAAAGAUCUUCCAAAACAUGAUUCUGAAUGUUUAGACUGUUUGAUCGACCAAAGUUAG